AUCAUGAGACCCGACCACUUUCCCAUACCUAAUUUAAUCAAGUAGCAACUUAUGUUUCCAAAUCUAAUCCAAGAUUUUCUCCACAUAUACUAUAAUAUAUUAUCCACUAAAAUAUAAUCUGAAAUUUUCUACGGAAUCUUAUUCGAAGUUUAGAAUCAUAUUAGAGCUUUAAUUAAAUUUAGGUUUGUGCAAAAAUAUGCAAUUAAUAGAAUUUUCUCCAUAUUACAAUCCAUAUUAAUUUUAGAAGUACCAAUGGCAGAAGCUGUAAAUUUAACCAUUUUCAAGGUGUGUUUUUAUUAAAAGGACUUUUGUCUCCUUCACACUUUCCUCGUCAUCCUUGUUAUCACCAUUCUCCGUCUCUCUUAAAGAUCAAACAAAACUCUCUGUAUCUAAAUUUGAUCAUGAAAUUCGAAGGAGAAAUUCAUCGCAAUUCAACUUAGGAGUUCAUAUUUUGCUAAAAAAACGAAGAAAUUUGGAUAUUUUUUUGAUUGUGUAAAGUGAUUUUUGUUGUGAAAUUUAGCGUGAUUUUGAAGGAUUAGGUUAACGAUUUCAUGGUGUUUAUAUAGUAGAUAAGAGUAUCAUGAUGGCGGAGAAUCCACGGCCAUUGCAGGCGCGUCCGUUUGAGGAUCACGCGCCGCUGCAGUCUCUACGGAUGGUGGAGGAGGAAGAAGAGGAGGAGGAGGAGGGCGAUGAAGAUGGCGCAUACGAGGAUGAUGGAGGGGAAGAGACUAUGGAUGAGGCGGAGGAUGUAAGCAUGAAGGUAUUGAAUCACCAUCAAUAUGGAGGACAGAGCCAACAGUUGUGCGGAGGUGGAGUUGUGGAAGUUUCUAGAACAAGUGAGCUUACUCUUGCUUUUGAAGGUGAAGUCUAUGUUUUUCCUGCAGUCACUCCUGAUAAGGUGCAAGCAGUGCUCUUACUAUUGGAGGGAUGUGACAUUCCUACUGCUGUGCCCACUGUUGAACUUCCAUUCGACAACAAGGUUGAGGAUUUGCCAAAGCAAGCUAAUCUUUCGAAAAGAUUUGCCUCCUUGGUUAGGUUCCGAGAGAAGCGAAAGGAGAGAUGUUUUGACAAGAAAAUUAGAUACAGUGUCAGGAAAGAGGUUGCUCAAAGGAUGCAUAGGAAAAAUGGUCAAUUUGCAUCUUUGAAAUCAAGUUCUGGAUCUUCUAGCUGCGAUUCAGCCAAGAGUAGCCUUGAAGGAGAUGGCACACAACAUUCUCUAACUAUUCCUGGAAAGUGUCACCAUUGUGGUGUGAGUGAAAAUUGUACGCCAGCGAUGCGUCGUGGGCCAGAUGGACCAAGGACACUCUGCAAUGCAUGUGGACUUAAGUGGGCAAACAAGGGAACAUUGAGAGAUCUAAGCAAGGCAGGGAGGACAAUUUCUGUUGAACUAAACGAACUGGAUGGACAUAUAUGGAGGCACUUUAUUACAAAAUACUCCAAAAAAUAUGAGCUUAAUCAUCUCUCAGGCAUCUUAUGUUACAUGCAGGGAACUCCUAACAAUCCCGUGAAGGCAUUUGCUGAAGGAUCCCUUGAUCAUUGUGCUGAUGUGGAAAAGAAUCUAUUCAGCUCUGGUAGCAAUCUUGCAAAUGAUAUUCCUGCGGGUAUCAUUAGUUCUUCGAACAAUCUUGUUGAGCAGGAAACUGUAGUUGAUUUUGGACAUGCUUCCAAAACUGAGCUCGUCAUUCCUGCGAACUUUGACUAGUUGACUGCCUGUAAAUUGUUGUUGUAACAUACCCACUUGAAGUUAACAUUUCCUUUCUGGAGAGACGCUACUAUUUCAAACUGACCCUGUUAAAUUUGGGAUGGUUGCUGUUGAUGUGUGAAAUUUGAUGCCUGUAGAUGAGUAAGUAAAUAUUAUUGGUGCCUAACCAAUCCAUACAAAGUGAUUAACUGUGUCCUGUUCAUUGCAAGCUAGUUGGUGGUUUGUGUAUAUAUGUGCUGUAUAUAUUGUAACAGCUUGCUUAAUACUAAUAAGGUGUGUUUGCGUUUCCA